AAGACCACAUGAGAGGGGGCGUGAGUUCUAUUCAUCUCGAAGCUCAAGGCCACUCAGCCAGUGAUGCUGAGAAACCUUAUCUACAAGCACUCUUGGACAAUGCAAUCAAAAGGGAACAAGAGUCAGAGAAGGCGAGGAAGGAUACCUGCUGCUAUCCUAGAGACUGUUCCCUCACUAACUGAAGAGCAGUGUGGGGAACAGUUGCAGUCCACACUUACAGCCUUUGUUCAAGUCAGGAAUCUUGAGGACCAUACCACUCAGAUCGCUGAAGUCUUUGCAAAGCUGCAGACACUUCAAGAUGAUCUGACUGAUAUGACCCGCAAGUACCAUGAAUUGACAAAGGAGGUGGCCGACCUGCGACAAGCCCAAGUGGCCAACCCUCUUCCUCUACCCCCUGGAUCUGAAGCUGCAAUCGAAACUACCUCUGCCGCUCUUACUGUAUCUUCUUCUACCUCUUCUUCGAGUGUGAUGGCAACCCCCUCGGGACCUGCAGCAGGUGCAGAUUCCGCUGUUGCUGUAACGAGCAAUGAGGCUGGAACUUCUGCAACUGCUGCAGUCCCAAGACAGGAACCAGCUGCUGCUGGUCCCAGUCACGCUGGUCCCUAUGUGGACCGAAAGGCGGUACAAAUGCCGUCUAAGUACGACAGCAAGGAAGACAUUGAGUCCUGGAUCGGCUCCAUGAGGGCCUACUUUGAGAUUCUGGGAACUCAACCUGAGAACCAGGCGGUGAUCAUGGGAAUGAAUGUUGAACCGGUCGUACGGGGCUUCAUAGAAGUCCAAGCGACGCGGGCUGGGUUCCAAAAGACUGCAUUAGCCAAAUGGCUUAGGACCACCCCGGUUGCCUCCCUCGAGGAUCUUCUUAUCUCACAAUACCAAGAUCCGCAUGCUGCUGCUAGGGCAAGAAUCCAACUUGACAAAGUCAAGCACAGCAAGUGGACUGGCUCCAUGAAAAGCCUGCAGACCUAUCUAAGCAAGAUGUUUGCCACUCCUGGUUUGAAUUUGUCUGCUCAAUCUUGCUUGGAUGUGGUCAAGGGCGCGGUUCCAACUAAUUUCACUAAUCGCCUGAGCAGGGACUACAUUGCAUACACUGACUGGCUCACCUUAAUGAAAGACAUGGUCAGUUUGGAGGCUAUAGACCUCGUUGGCACGACAGGCAGCAAAAAGCCCAUGGGCGGCAAACGGUUCAAGGGCAUCAGCCGUUUUGCUGUGCAUGACCUGCUGGAGGCCGAAGGAGAAGCUGAUGCGGAUGACCCCAUUCUUGAUUCGGUCGUCUCUAUACGCGACUUGCGACCGGAUCUUGGUGAUCCCUUUGCUGAUUCCCCACCCCCACCUGUCCCAUCAAACAUCCAAACCCUCCUCGAUCGGUUUUCGGAAGUCCUGGCCGAGCCACGUGGAGUCCCCACGCGACCGGUCCGACACACCAUCGAGUUUGUCAAGGGUGCUGUUCCUCCAAAGGGCUGCGUGUACCGUAUGGGACUCGGCGAGUUGGAGGAACUCCGGCGACAGAUCGAUGAGAUGAUUGACAAAGGGUGGAUCAAACCUAGUGAAUCUAAAUUUGGUGCUCCUGUGUUGUUUGUGCCAAAGAAGGGAGGCAAACUUUGCACGUGUAUUGAUUACCGCGGUCUACACCGCAUCACGAGAAAGAAUGCUUAUCCAUUACCGCGCAUAGACGAUUUGCUUGAUGCCGCAGGUGGGUGCAAGGUCUUCUCCAAUAUCGAUCUCAAGUCUGGCUACCACCAGAUUGAAGUCGAUCCUGCAGACCAGCACAAGACUGCGUUCAAAACACGCGACGGGCUUUAUGAGUUCACCGUAAUGCCCUUCGGUCUCACGAACGCACCAGCCACUUUCCAAAGCCUCAUGGACAAGGUCCUCCGCGAACAGAUUGGCCGGUUUGUGGUAGUGUACCUGAAAAAUAUUCCGAUCUUCAGCAAGUCCAUGGAGGAACACCUCAAGCAUCUUGAGGAGGUGCUCGCUAUCCUCAAGAAGACGCAGCUUCAUCUCAACUUGGAGAAAUCUGAGUUUGGGAAGGAUAGCGUCAUCUAUCUUGGGAUCGGUUGUCUGAUGCAAGCCUAGAGCCUGAGGCAACCAAGAUUGAGGUCAUACGCGAGUGGGCUCAGCCUGCGAACAUUCGCGAAUUGCGUUCUUUCCUUGGUCUUGCGUCCUACUAUCGGAAGUUUGUGCCCCGCUUCUCUAUCAUUGCUCGUCCAUUGUCGCGACUAACCAAUAAAAAUGUGCCUUAUUU